AUGGCGCAGCUGGAGCGGCGCUGCGCGGAGGCGGGGCAGAAGCGAUGUGCCACCAUUUUCUUGGCCUUUGGAGAGGGUGGGCUGAAUUUGGCACAUCAGGAUCCCUACGGAAAGCUCUUCUUCCCUUACCAGGCGAUGCUGAUGCUCAGCCGACGGGGAAAAGACUUCAACGGAGGCGAGUUCUUUGUGAAGAACAUGAAGACCGGCAAGGUCGCCCAGGUCGCCGCCGACCAGGGCGACGUGACGCUCUUCGCGGCCAACAGCGCGGCCGUGCGCGGCGCCGACUUCAAGCACGGCGUUAGAGAGGUGAAGGGCGAACGUUUUUCAGUGGGCAUAGUCUUCAACAGGAGAAAGUGA